AUGAACACUCAAUCGAUUUUGCAAUUAGAAAGCUGCCAUCUCGCCAGGGAAGUCGCGUUUCCGUUCGAGCCACAAUUCAUGACUGGCGAUUUGUUUCCCGCUCCGAUCGAUUCGAUUCAAGAUAUCGAAGCUUAUGAAAGCGUGUUUUUCUCGAUUGGGACUCUAAUCGGAUUCUGCUUGAAACACUCGAUUCCUGUGGAACUUCCCCUCCAUCCUUUGUUCAUUGAUUACAUUCAACGAGGCUAUUCGGAUAUCACAAAUCUAAAUGAUGCCAAAAGUCGAAUUGAUCGCUUUGGUCGAUCCAGUCUUCAAUCGCUUUUUUCGUUUGUUUCGCAUUUGCAAGACGUGGAUUCGUAUGGAUUCGAUUCCACCCUUCCUGGAUAUCCCUUUAUUUCCCUGUUAGAUGAGUCUGAAGUGACGUCUGAGUCGUAUUGUAAUUGGUUGCUGAGAGUUGCAGAUUCAUUGGUUGGCUCUGGAAUUCGAAAAGCGGUGGAAUUGGUUCGUGGAGGAAUUGCUUGGAUGAUGGACGUGCAUAGUCUUGCGAUGUUUUCGAUACAAGAAAUCAGUGAAAUGUUGCUUGGAAAUGCUCCCAUGUGGACAAACGAAACGAUUGAUUCGCUGUUUGUGUUCAAUGCUUCGGAAUCGGCGUUGGAAAGCGUGAAUUGGUUGAAGGAAAUCGUUUUGGAAAUGAGCAAUACACAGAAGGAGCAGUUUCUGAUGUUUGUUACGGGUCAGCGCAGAAUGAACGCUGAUUCGAGUAAGCUCCACGUGGAAUUUGUGGAUGGUAACGAAUCCUCUCUCCCCACUUCAAUGACAAAUCCAAAGAAAAACUCAGGACGAAACUCCUUCAAGCUGUCGAAAAUGGUUACAAAUAUAUUCUAA